CUCAAGAAGGCCCCAAUCAGGAGGGAUUUAAACGCAGAUGAUCUAUAUUAAACUUCAACUAAAUUUAAAAGUAUAAUUUUGAUUGGAAGUCUCGGGUCUCGAGUAGAUCGUCUCCGAGACUUGAUACACUUAGCAACGGGAAGGUCUUAGAGACAACUAUGCCGUCCAAUUCUGCCUCAGAGAAGGGUCGGGAGAACAAAAUUUACCGCACCCCCAGCACCCCUCCCCCGGACGUUCAGUUGGAAAAGGAGAAAGGGUUCGUACUGGAUUGUAGUGCUGUUAGCAGUAUCUCAACGGAUUACUCGAAAACCAACCCAAAGCUGGGUCCGGUCAUCCCUCCCUACAACUCCCAAAAGGACAAACAUGUAGACGAGUACUUUGAGUUCAUUGGCGUGAACGAAACAUUGGAGAAAACGGGGCAGACUGAGGGUGGUACUUCAAUAGAGGGGCCGGUUGCAGACUAUUUUAAUGAUAAAGGAACGGGUUUCCAGUAUUUAUCCCUCAGGAACCAAUUCGGCGCAGGUCAUUCUGGGGAAACGACUGAUGGCCACGCCCAGUUCAUGCAGGGGGUCCAGCCAGUCAUUGGAUACAACGGAAAGUUCGGAUAUCGUAGGAACACCCCAUGGCUUAGGAAAGACCCUUCACCAUUCGGGACUGGAAGUAGAUCGGCCACUCAUUAAUGGUGGCGUGUUCGUUGAAAUAUAUCCGUUUAAAUAUUAUGUACAUGAAAUACAAAUUUUUUAUGGAAAAAAAACAAUCAUAUCACCAUUUCAUUGGAAUACACUGUGCGUACAUGAAUUUAUCAUUCAGUUAGAAAUAUGUGAUAUACAGUACAUGAACCCAUUCUUUUUCCGUGUAUGAGAAUUUGUUGAUACCUACUUUAGAUUCAUAUUAUUGUCAAGAAGUAAAACAAACUUGCUCAUAUUAACCAGUAUUACAUAUGUUCUGUUGAUAACACAGAUUCGACUUAGUAUUAUUAGCGCGUUAAAAAAUUAUCGCUUUCCUUUGAGAUAUGAACAGUUGUGGGUUGACCAAAUUUUUAACAUUAAUAGAGUAGAAAGUUUUAAUAUUGCUAGUUGAAAUCCGUUUCCUAUAAAUUUAGUUUGAAUUUAUCUGUGUUGGUUUUUGUUCAUGUUUUGCAAUAAUAAAAGACAAUGUUUAUAUAUUCA